AUGGUCUGGAAUGCGACGUCUGGUAGCUAUAAUUAUUACCAACGAGAAUUUUGUUUACUUGAAACCCGGCUUCGGAACAAAGCUGAUUUGAGCUUGUCUGUAGGUGCCCACGUUUAUCUCCGCCUCAGAGAUGGCGAGUCUUGGGACAAGAUUCCUGAGGACCUACUCAUUGAUUGCGCGCAACUGACAAAAGCAAACUCCAUUGAAGGAAAUAAGAAAGACAAUGUAACUAUAAUAUACACACCGUGGUCAAACCUACACAAAACCGCCGGCAUGGCGAUUGGCCAAGUGGGCUUCCAUAACCCAAAACUCACUCGUAAAAUCCAUAUCGCCGCCCGGCAAAACCCCAUUGUCAAUCGCCUAAACAAAACACGAGUUGAGAAAUUCCCGGACCUGCGGCUGGAGAAGGAAGAGUACUUGAAAAAUAUCAGGCGGGAGGAGCGGAAACUGCGCGAGGAGAAGUGGGCGGCUGAGAAGCUAGAGAGGAAGAAGAGGGAGGAGCUUAAGUGGCAGAAAGAGCAUGCGUAUGAUGACUUUUUGAAUGAGGAGAAUAUUCAGCAGAGCAGCAAUCAGGAUCGAGAUUCGGAUUUUUUGGAUGAUUUUAUGUGA